AUGCCCAAGAUAAAUAAUGCACCAAAUAUAAACAACAAACCCGAUAAAAACACCAACACUCUACAGCCUGCUCGCCUAGCAGAAUCACAGAACUCAGGAAGAUUAAAUCCAGGCAGUAACACCCAUCCAAACACCAUGAACAGCUCCGGAAAUAACAAUUGGAAAACGCAAACAAGUAAAAGAAAUCUGUCAAGUUCUUCAUCCGGUUCUACUUCUUCCAAACCUUCUUCCUUACAAACUGCUCAACCAAAAACCAAAAAACUUUCCUUCUCAACACGUAAUCGCUACGAAUCACUUUCGAUACCUGAACCUACGGACACGGUUUUCGACCAGCCCACGCUGCCCGUUGAACCUAUCAUUGCGCCCUUCGUCAAACCACCUCCCCCGAUAUUUAUGAAAGGUAUCACAGACUACCCAAGCUUCUGCUCAACCUUAAUUGAGCUUAUUGGAUUUGACAAUUUUUUUUGCAAAGCCAGCGCCGACCGCUUAAAAAUACAGACCGCCAUCCAGAUUCUUACAGACUUCUAA